AUGUAUAAUAGGGUACCAUUUGUAAAUAGAGAUUAUAAUGAAUCUUCACCUACAAAAACUUCAAAUUUUGGGCAACUACAAAUGGAUAAUAGUGCUAUUAAUAGUGGAAUUGAUAAUUCUGGGUAUAUAAGAUCUGAUUUCAAAGGUGGUUAUUUUUCUAAUCAGUUAUCAGGUGCUACAUAUACUGAUCCAUAUAAUAUAUCUAAUAAUACACCCGGAGUAAAUUUAUCUGGGACUUCUAUAUCAUCAGUAUCUAAUAGAGCUUUAAGUAGUUCUAUUGGAGCUUCUAAUUGGGGUUGGGAAGCUUAUACAAGUUAUAAUGUAGUAGGUUUAUUUUCAUCUCACUUAUCAAAUAAAAGUAUUCGUCCCUUUAUAACGAGUAUUUUCUGUGAUCCCUUCUAUGAACUAUUUUGGCUAGGUUGGACUAAUGGUUUUCUCAGCUCCUUUAAAUUUCCACAUUGUAGUAGAUAUACUGCAUUUCCCGUCGGUAUUGGUGGAAAUAUAAUCAAUGGAAUUCUUUGUCGUGAUAAUGUAAUUAAUGUAGGUUUUCCAUCCUCAUCUCAUAUUUAUACUGUCAGUAACAAUGGAAUUGGAGUUUAUACGAGAGGAGGAAGCUCUGUAUCUACUCAUUCUGUAAAAUUAUUAACAGAUAAUAAGAUAGGAACGAAGAUUUUAUGUAGUGAUUCAACGAAAUACUCAUCAUAUAUAGGAAACCCAAAUCCCUUUAUAGGUUUGGGGACAUCUGGAGGUGUUUCUAUACUAGAUCUUCAUGAACUUCGUCUUAUACAUCAGAUUCCUUAUAAUGGUGGUAUUUCAUGUUUAAAAGGCUCUCCUAAUUCGACAAAUUUUGUAGUUGGAGGUUGUAAUAUGAUUGGGAUAGCAGAUAUUCGUCUUCCACGUCUUGGUCAGACAGUGACUGUUGUAUCAAACCCUAUAUCAAAUUUUACUGAAUCAAUAGUUAGUGGGUUAGCUGUUAAUGAUUAUACUGUAGCGAUUAUAACUAGUUCUAUAUGUACACAGAAGAUUACUUUUGAAGAGCUUUUGUCAAGUGUUGGAGGAGUUCAUGGAUUAUCAGUUUUGGACUUAAUUAGAAUGCAUCCUGGAGAAGUAUCUACAUCAGCCGAAAUGAUGAUCUUUAAGAAAAAUUUGGAUAUUUCGAAUUUUCAAAGAGAUACUGUUGUUAGAUUAUAUGAUAUAAGACGUUUUAGACCUCGUAAGAAUAUUCCAUUUUCUCCUGGGCCCAUAAAUAUAUUAUGGAAUCAUGAUUCUUUAUGCUCAACAGCAGGACCUGGGGGUUCAGGAGGAACUAAUUCUGGAAAUUCAGGAUUUGAAGAUCUUUAUAUAAUUGGUAAUAAUGGUCAAUGGCAAGUUUAUCACUCUAAUAUUGACCAAAUGGAGUUUUAUGCUACUCCUUCUGUACCUAUAUCAUUUGCAGAUUUUAGCUCCUCUAAUCAAUUUUUUAUAUUAGCUGAUACAUCUGGAUCUAUACAUACAAUGCAAAGACCAAGUUCAUCUUUAAUUCUCAGGAAAUCUGAUCAGCAUCUUAAUAGUCCAUCUACAGAUCCAACAAAUACAUCGAAUAUUUGCCAUCCUUUCAAUCUCUAUCCAUCCUAUCCAUUACCAAGUAUUGGAAGAAAUGUGAGAUUAAAUAUACCCUUAGGAUCUGGAGAAAAUCCUAAUAUAAAUAACUUCCCAUCCUCUAUUUGUGAAACUUUAGGAAAUUUCUGUGAGCCAAGUAUUUCCUCAACAAGUGCAUUAUAUGUAUUUCCUUAUGUUAAAUCUAUUCACUGUUUAAUGGGCAUUGCUUCUAAUCCUGUAACAAAGUCAAUUUCACAGAAUUUGGGGAAUCCAACUACUCCAAAUUUAACUGUAGCUCUAAGAUAUUUAAGGGGACGCCCAGUUGUGGCCUAUGAUUCAUUAAAUCCUGUAGGAAUUCCUCCAAUAAUUGAAACUCAAAGUAAUGGUCGUAUGAAAAUUAAAGAAGAAGUUCUUGUAAGUUUUAAGAAUCUCUAUGAUGUGGAUGAGAUCCGUAAAAUUCAGACAGGUUAUUCAUGGCAACGCUUCAAAAUUUCAGAUGAAUUACCUCCUGGAUUAUGUUUAUUUAAGCUUAACAAUAGUGGGAAAAUAAGUGAUACAGAAGCUAGUUCAACUAGUAAUGUAAUAGGUGAUAUGGGGGAGACUCUUAUUAAUGAUCAUUUACAUAAAUCGUCUUCAUCAAAUUUUUUAGCACUAUCUCUUGAGUACAUCCGCGAGAUCCGUCCAGAGAUUGAACCUUUUAAACUUAAAAAUCUUGAAUAUAAGUCAAUGGAUUUCAUUAAAGUAGCUAUUAAUCCUGAUGUUAGUAAAUAUAAAGCAAAUAAUUUAGUAUAUGGAUUACCUUUACUAUGUAUUGGAGGUGCAUACCCAACGUGGUUCUAUCGUUUGAAAAGAAAUACAAAUUUGUGUUUUGGCCUUACUGAUGCUCUUGGAAUUAAAACUUUAUCCUUGGUACCCUCUAGAUUUCAAUAUCGCCCUAAAACAAACCUUAAUCGUAGAGAUAGGCCGAAGAUAAGGAGAGUACCAAUUGAAACUCUUGGUAAUACUGAUGGUGGUUCAAUAACUUGUACAAAUCAAAUAAGAUCACUUGGAGAAGAGGAGUCUGUAACAUUUUGUGAAGGUUUUAUUUGUCUAGAACUUGAUAAUGAUGUUUUGGAUUUUACUCAACCUCUAUUUAUGCUAAUUUCAUUUAUUCCAACUAUUCCAUAUAUGCUACUUAUGCAUCAUGUUUCAGAAUGUGAAAUGGAAUUCUGUAUAUCCUGUGAAAUUGUUCACUUAAGUUUUAUGUUGUACUGCUGUAGAAGAAGUUACAAACAACGUAAUCAACUUUUUUCUCUUCCACUAUACAAUAAUAACUAUUCUCAUAUUUUUGCUCUUAAUAUUCUCAGAACUCUCAGACAUCUUCCUGAAGUAAAACUUGUAGGAAUAGAACUGGAAGAUACUCCAUCCACCCUAUUUAAACCUAAUCCUACCAUUUCUAAUCAAAUAUCAAAUCUAAAUUCAUCAGCUUCAAAUUUUAAAUUGAACUCAUUGGAAUCUUCUAGCUAUCUUCCUUAUGCUGUAUUUACACAAAUCCGCAAAAUUGAGGCUUUUUGGAGAUUCCUUAUUGAACAAAUUCAUAAAGAUUUUGUUAGAAAUUCUAACUCAACUAUACAGGAUUUUUUUGGUAUAAAAAUAACUACAAUUAGCUCAUGUACUCCCUUUAACCAUAUACAAAAAUCUAACAACAAUAUAUUUGCCUUAGAAAUGUUUUAUCCUCAUAACUUGAAUAGCUCAAACUCUAAUAAUGUAUCAAGUCUCAGUCAUUCCUCGAAGGUAUUAAACUCUUCCUCUAAUCAGAUAAAUCAAGACAAUAAUUCUGCGGAACAAAACUUUUUGGAAUGUCUUAACUUAUCUUUAUGCCGUAUAAUAUCUGGAAGAUCUUAUUGCAAAGAGUGUUCUCAAACUUCAGCUUGUCAGCAUAUGAGAUUUGCAACUUCUCUAGCAAGUCUUUUAUUAGUAAAUUGCUCACUUCAAUCUGUUAAACAAUGGCAAUACUAUGGGGGGACUAUUCCUUUAGAAUAUGAUGAAACAUACAAUUCCAAUACAAAGGAUUCAUUAAAUAAUCCUCUUUUAAGUAUUCCUUUCUACCUUUCUUUUGCUUCAGUAAAUAAAUCUCUACCACUUCUUGGAACAAAAGUUAGUGGAACUAACAAUGAAAUUCAAGCUUUAGAAGCUAUUUCAAUUAAAGACAAUAAAAGUGUUGUUUAUAAUUCUGAUAAUGAAUUAAAUACUCAAGACUACGAACUGGUUGCUCUAAUUUUUGGAGUAUACCAAGGCAGUUCAAUACAAUUACCUUCUGGCACUCAUUUUUGUAUGUAUUUCAAGCAUAAACUGGUAACUCCCUCAGAGAAUAAUAAGAAUAAGUGGUAUUUAAUGAAUGGCUCUACUGUUUUUUCCGUAAAUAAAAGUGAAGUUACAAACUUUUGCAAUUCUUGGAAGUUACCUUGUUCUUUGGUUUAUUUAAGAUAUAACCCACCAAAUACAAAUCCAUUUAGCCCUUUUCCUACUGUUAAUUUUGAUAGUGACUUGAGCUUAAAGUCAGAAAUUAUGGAGUUGUGUGAAACAUCACCCAAAAUUUGUAUACAAGGGAUUUCUGUUACAUUACCAUGGCAAUAUCCAGAUCCAAUCCAUUCUCACACCUUAAAAAUGUUAAAUUCUAUUGUAAAACUAUUAAAAAAUGAAAUAAAUCUUUCUGAAAAUCCAGACAAUGUUAAAAUAUCCCAACAAGUGCCAUUCACUGAUGAUGAAUUGAGUUUAUUGUGUUUACAUUAUUUUAUUCGGUAUCCAAGGUAUCGCGGACUUAUUGAUUCAAGUGAAAAAUUUUCUAAUUCAGAUACAAAAAUUGAUUUUGAAAGUAUUGAUCCACCUAUGGUUGUAGCAUUGGAUUCAGAAUAUGUUGCACUAGAUGCAGAACAGUCAAUAUUAAGACCAGAUGGAACAAAGGAAGUGCUUAAGAAAUCUCAGAUGUCUUUAGCAAGAGUUUCAAUUGUUAGAUGUGGAAGUAUAUCUUCUUUUAAAGAGCUUAUAGAAGAAUAUGGGCAAUCUUCCGAUAAUCAUACAAAUAAGGCAAAUACCAUUAUUAUGGAUCACUAUGUAUCUUAUGGAAGCACUACUCAACAACCUAUGGAUUAUCUAACUAGAUUUUCCGGAGUUAAACCUGGAGACUUAGAUCCAAAGUAUUCAUCCCAUUUCCUGACAAGUAAACAUCUUAUUUUGAAAAAACUUCAAUUUAUGGUAGAUAGUGGAGUUGUUUUUAUUGGACAUGGUUUAUCAAGUGACUUCAAAAUUAUAAAUAUCUAUGUGCCAUGUCAACAGAUUAUAGAUACUGUUGAAAUAUAUAGAUUACCUGAAGAACGUUUUAUUAGCCUUAGGUUUCUUGCAAAAUUUGUUUUAAAUAAAAACAUUCAAUGUGAAGGUCAUGACUCUAUAGAAGAUGCUAAAAUUGCAUACGAACUAUUUCUUAAGUAUUUAGACUUAAAGAAACGGCAAGUUUGGAAUGAAUUCUUAGCUAAUCUUUACUCGAAGGGACAUGCAACUGAUUGGAAAGUAGAAGCCUUGGAUAAUAGUCAAACUAAUAAUAAACAGAUAGUUAAUACUUUAGGCGUUUAA